UGACAACGAUAAACUUUUAAUUUCUCUUUCUCAACAUCGUGUGCACAUGCGUCGUAAAAUUUUUGGCUUUAUCCGAUUUGCAUAAUGAGUGGAAAUAACACAGCCAAUAUUAAUUCAUCAUUUGUCCAAGAUGAGGAAUCCCAGAAAUUUGAUAGUGAUGAUGAUGGCGAAAGUGGCAUUGCAUCUGGCACGAAUCCUUUUACCGAUGAGUCAAGUGAGCACGUGCUAAAUCUAUCUUCUGACCAAGAGGAGGACGAUAAAUCUGAUCCUGAGCAGAAGAUGAAUGCAUUUCUCUUUCGCCUGCAAUCACGUAUGGCGGUUCCUGAUUAUGCUCUGACAGAUGCCGUCUUUUGUGUGGACAAACCUCAGUGUUCCAUAUCUCUGGGCGAAAAUCUGCCAACCAUGGAUCUAAAGGAACAUUGCGCUGAAAAUGCUUUGAUCAAAAUCCGAGUAACAGAGGUUUAUAGCCCAUUUCAGUUUUGGUUCCAAUUGAUACAGGAUGAGAAUUAUCUGAAUUCAGUGAACCUUAAUUUAAACAGUUUCUACAACGGUUCUCUUAAGGAUAUAGAGAGCUAUUUUAAUCAUUUACCCAACUAUUUUAUUCAACCUGGCUACAUUUGUGUGGCCCGUGAUCCUUUGUCAAGAUCUUGGCGUCGUGCUCGAAUUGUGUCCAAACCUUUAACGCCGGAUGAGAAUAUCAUGAUUUAUUAUGUGGACUAUGGAUCUGGUGGAGAAGUGCCACGCACAGAUCUGCGUUUCCUUUCACGAUUAUUUGCUGGAAUACCAUCAUUAGCUCUCCGUGGUUGCCUUUCCCAUAUACAUCCGUUGGGUCCUCAUUGGCCAGUGGAGAGCAUUGAGGAAUUCAAGGACAUUGUGUUGGAUCGUGAAGUGUAUGCUAGUGUGACGGAAUGCGAUCACAACGAUAAAGUUGUAUUCCUUAGACUCUCCUAUAACAAGGAUAUUAAGCCUUCAAUCAAUCGGCUAAUGGUUGAAGCAGAUUUGGCUGGCAAAAGUGAGCAUUAUAGCGAUCGUUUGCGAGAAUUCAAUUGUGGGAGACGUCUGCGAUAUCUACGAGAACGUUUGCCAAGCUUUGACAUGCUCGAAAAUCGUGCCUUUCCCAUGGGAGAUGAGAAAUUCGAAGAAGAGUUUGAUCAUCUAAUUGGUUCACCAUCUUUUUAUAAGGAUUUCGAGGUGCCCCAUUUGAAGAAUCCAUUCUUGUUUAGCCUUCAAAAGGCUCUCGAAGACUGGAUGGUCCCGUAUAAGAAGGAAGAAAUCGUUUGGAGAAACUUGUAUAAAGAAGCUAAUCAGAAAUUGGAAGAAUCUUUUAAAAAGAAAUGCUUAGUAUAAAUUGAAAUAUACACCUUGGACUUU